AGCUCGGCUGCCUCGGUGUUUGCUGUCAGUCGGGGAGAAGCGGAGCGAUGUGAGGCGUUUGACAGCGGGACUGAAAGAACAGACUGGGUUUAAAAUCAGACCGGACCCCUCUGGAAUGAGGUCUGGUGAUAAGAACCAGACAGGAGCAAUAGCGAAAAUCAUGGUGACCAAAAAAAUCCGGACAGAGUAUAUGAAGAAAUUCAGGGAUCCAAAAUGGGAGACGUUUUCCAAAUGUUACGAGGACUCUGUGAAGUACCGUCUGACCCGGCGGGUGAUGGAGCACUCCCACAAGCCCUGGUUCUGGGAGGGCUGGGACAGCGGCUCUGACUCCAGCGGCUGGUCCACGCCGAGGCUGACCAGGAACAAAAUUGCUCCUCUGUCGCUGCCGCCGCCACCGCCAUCCUUGGAGGUGAAACAGAUGUCCAGCCCCGGGCCGAUACCACCUCCAGAGGACGGAGAGGCUGAGGUGGGAGGUGGAGAAGCAGCAGUCGUAGACACUGCACCGACUUCAGCAGUUAUAGAAAACGGUGUGAACGAAGCCAGCGGUGGUUCGGUGGCUCCAAACACCAGCGGACCCUCAGAGGACACGGCGACAGACAAUGGUCCUGCUGACACAACGUCCUCGGAGGGGGAGCCAGUAAACCCCGCACCGAAACGACGACACCGCCGCCGCACCCCUCGGUCUGAGCCAGAACACAGGGACAGUUCCCACGACGACAAACCGGCUGUCGUCCGCAAACCGCUGAGAGCGAAGAGCCAACCGCCGAUCAGCACCAAGGAGAACCGGAGAUCGUCCAGCCGACUGGACUGGACCGAGAGACAGACGGAGGUCAGGAGGACGCCCAAUGAUUGCAACACGUCUGACGCCUGCGUUCAGACCCGGCGGCAGUCCGAAAAACGCAGCUCCAACCUGGACCGUCGACGGGCUCGGUCAGCCGACCUGGAGAAGAUGAGCCGGUCGCAGCUGACGGUGGCGGACGAUCGCUGGAUGACUGAGUACAUGCGCUGCUUCUCUGCUCGGCUGAGGUAGAGACGGGACUCCCCCACCCCCGACCCCUGAAAAACCACAUUUCCUUAUCUGAGAGCAAAUAUCAGAUGGUGGAACAGGUGUCAGCUGACAAACUGACAACGAGGUUGUGUCGUUACAGUCCAUGAACGUGCUUUUGAGAGUGAAUCACUGCUGUUGAGGAAAGAAAAACACCUAAAACUCUGUCGACUCUUAAGUUUAGAUGGUUAAAUAUUUGUAGACUUUGUGAUUUAAAUCUAAAGACAUUCGCCAAACAUUUAACAAGAUGGGGUCCAUGGAUUAGGGUUCAGAAAUGAAAUUAAUCACAUUAAAAUAUGAACUACAGCUCACAUUGGACCAUCAUUACACACUCACAGACAAAAUCUUUGCAUAAUAGUCAAAAUGUCUCCUGACAGUAUUUUACUGUAGAAAUAUCUUUAAAGGGGACCUUUUAUGCUCAUUUCUGGGUUCAUACUUGUAUUUUGAGUUUCUACUAGAACAUGUUUACAUGCUUAAAUAGACAAAAACACUUUAUAUGGCAUUCAAUUUAAAAAAAAAAGGCAGUGGGGUGCGCCUCGUGUUUUGCAGGUUGUGUUUCUGUAUGAUCUGGGCCUUAGUGUGUUAGGGCUGAUUAGUCGACUAAUCGAUGACUAAUCGACUAUUAAAAUAAUCAGUAACUAUUUUAGUAGUCGACUAAUCAGUUUGAGUCAUUUUUCAUAGAAAAGUACUAUAAAUGUACCCCAAGAUACUCUUAUUGCAGCUUCUUAUGUUCAAAUAUUGGCAGCUUUACACACUCUCCCAUGACAGUGAACUAAAACCCUUCGGCAUGAGUACGAAACAAGACAUUAGAUGACAUCAUUUUGGAGUUCUGGAGAGACAGACAGACAUUUUUUAACAUUUUAACACAUUUUUCAAUAAAAUGAUUAGUCGACUAAUCAAAGACAUAAUCAACAGAUUAGUCGACAGUGAAAAUAAUUGUGUGUAUUAGGCCAAAAAUAUUGUCCGUAUGACAGAUUUAAAGCUCUGGGUCGCCCUGCACUCAAAGGAUCAACUUCUUCCUCAAAACAGACUGAUAUUUACAGAAGAAGUGAAACAUAUCUGCGGCUGUGACUGGUUGUUUCUCGUCACAUGACAUGUGGUCUGCGCUGCUAUGUUCCAAAAGUUGAACUCUGUUUAUCUCAGAGCGCAGCCGUCGCACCCUGAAAAUAGGUGCCCGGAACACGUGUGCGUUGCUCUGGCAUCUGAGUGCACCUGCUGCACGUCUACAUUGAAAACAAUGAACUUUAGGUUGCAAUAAAAAACAAACAGCAUGUGUAUGGCCUCUAACACAUCUAGCCGACUGUCUGUCAGUGCAGUAAACUGAGGAGUAGAAAAAUUAACCUAUAGACAGAUGUGUGGAACCGAUCAAAAAUAUCCUCAGCGGCGGUUUAACCGUUGAUAUCUUGACUCAAAUGUAGAAAAAACAUUUGGAACUCGAGCAUUCUGUUCACAUACAUUUACCUCAUUAUUUGACACUUUGGCCAGGUUUAAUAUGAACAUCCAACAUUGUAACAAAGCAUAAUAGGUCCCCUUUAAAACAUCACGAUGACCUACAGUGUUUAAACCUUUCUUCACUGAUAAAACACAUCUUUCCAAUUUCAUUUCAAGUUAAUAUUUCCUCUUAAGAUACACUUAUACAUGGUUAUUUGCAGUAUUAUGCAUUAUUCAAAUGCCCAGGAGAUCCUUACUUGUCAUGUGUGAUCAGGCUGAAUGAAACCUGCCUCUAAAUCUGACUGUUAUCAUAAAGAACAAUUAUUAUUUAUGAGAAAUUUGAAAAAAAUAACUCUUUUCUCCAUGAUUCAAAGGUGUGUUUAUUCACCCGACAGCAGUGACACAAACUGAACAGCAACAGUUUUGUUCUUCAGAUGUGACGGACUAAAGUUUUAUUUUCUGUGGUUCUCUGUUCAUGUAGAAGCCGUUUGAUAAUGAAGAAACAUCAGAGAGAAUUAAAUCUUUCAAAGCUUUUAUAGAAAGAAAAUCACGGUCACGUCACUAUUUGAAUGUAUUUAAUUUCUGAGCAUGAAACUGCUGUGCUUUAUUUUAGCUGUUAAUCUCCUUUCAGACACAUUUAAUCGUUUUCAGUUCUCUUUCACAAAAGGCAGCUGUGUGUGUGUUUUUAACUCAAAGGCAGCAGAAAAGGACCAAACUGGAGUAUUUUUGAUAUUUGACUAUUUUGGAUCUCAAAUUUAGAUUAGAAUAUAAACGACAUAGAGACACAAGAUUUAUCAAAUAAAACUAGUAUUUAAAGUAUUUUCUGAGUAGAAACUAUAUUUAAUCUGUGCUACCUUUAUUAAAAUAACUUAAAAGUUUAGGUUUGUCAUUCAUUCACUGAGAUGCAGCUUCUGGUUUAAAAAUAAUGAGAAAUAAUCUGUGCAGCUGACAUGGUGCUUUUCUGUUAAAUGCAAAUGCUAAAACUUAAUUCUUUAAUUUACAUGUCGGACCAAUGAAUCAACACAGACUCAAUAACGAGAGGAUUUUGGGGGUGAUUGUGCAAAAGUAAAGGUUUAAGUUUAAGAGACUUUUUUGCUUUAGUAGAAGUUUUAAACGAUAACUUUGUGAAGAUAAUUAAAAUGCAACACUAUGAUAUUGUUAAUUUUUGUAGCUUAAGACAACUGCAGCUUAUUUGCAUUGUCAGAAAUCCAUCUUCCAAAUCCUGCAGGUUUCUUUAGUGAAGGCAAACAGCCCUGUCUGGACUUAAAAAUUCAUACACUGUUAUGAAACAAACAUUAAUAUUCAGAGUUGUUAUAGAGCACUGUCUCAAGGUUAAAAUAUGAUGCAUUUAAUGAGUGUGGGAAUGUUUAAGGCCGUCAUCAACUAUCUAAAACAGUGAUACUCAACUUACAGCCCGGUCUCACUCCGAAGUCGUCGAAAUCCGACACUGGGGCAGUGACUUUCAGCAUCAGAAACCAACGAAAGAAGGCGUCCUUUAACGUCGGCAUGAUACGCGGCCGCUUGCCGUUAUAGUUUAAUGGCGUCCGGCAGCAUCAGGGGGAAACGCGGUGGGACAAGGAAAGUUAAGGAAGCAAAAGUCCAACCGGGACGGGCUGGAGGGGCGGUGGAUGUGUCCAACAAACACUGACUUUCACCCGAGAGAGUGGUGUUUGUGUCCAGUAAGAUUGUAAAGCCAAACCCUGUUCUUUUUUCCUAAACCUAACAACGUGUUUUUCUUCUGUAUGUAGAGACUGCAUGUUAAAGUUAAAUUUCCUGCGAAACAGAAGUGUAUUUUGAAAACAGACAAUAGAUGUAACAGGCUGAAUUUGACACGAUGUCCCAGAACGUCAAGAACCAACACACCCAGGGUACCUGGACGUGUAAAGUCCAUGACCAAACAUCAAUAUGUGACAAGGUCGGAGUGAGACGGCUACCGCCAGAAGUUCAACAUGGUGAACUCUGUGUGUGUGUGGCAGAGCAAAAUCUGUAUGCAUUCACGUGAGUGGCAACCCCUUCAUACCCCUACGGCCAUGUUCGAGACCGCUUCCCCUCUGCCGCCUUCCCCUCAUUGAAAUGAGUGGAGGCAGCGAGUUUCCACACGGUGGUGUGAAAGCAACUUAAGGUUCCAGAGUGCAUAAAAAAAGCAUCAAAAUAUAGCUUGUUUAUCAAAUAAAGCACCAGGGAGGACAGGCUGGACCCCAACAGAGCCCUCAAUGUCCUCAAAUCCUAGAAACACCCCAGGGCAAAACAAGUUGAGUAUCCCUGAUCUAAAAUAAUCACCAGACAAGAUUCAUUAGGAAAGACUUGGAAGACCACCACCUCAGCAACACUUUGAUUUCCCAUUUAAGUUUUUCUUGUUUCCAAUUCUAAAUAUAAAAUUUGUAUAGAAAUGAAUGUGCUUAAAUAUCAGUGUCUAAUUUCCUAGAAAUAACUAUGUAAUUUGUAAAACAGUAAAUAGAUAACAAAUGAAUGUUUACUUGGGUUUAAAUGGAGCUUUAUAAACAUUAUUUACAGUGAAAUAAAUUUGAUCAUAUUUUUCUGAAAUCAGUUUCAGUUUAUAUCCAGCAUUGGGAAUAAAUGGGAACAAAGGGAAUGUUUCCAUCCAGUAUAUUUUACAUUUUCAUAGAGUUAACAUAUUUUAGCGCCUUGUUGCGUUUGACAUUUAGAUUUUAUCUGUUUCCAUUUAAUCCAUCUAAAAGAAAUGUUUGAGAAUUUUCUGUUGCACCAGUUUUUCAGUUUGUCGGCUGUUUGAUGUCUAAAGAUUGUAAAUACAUGUCGAUGUCAUCGUCGCGUUCUGUGACUCAAACUGAGGGCUAAAGUUCAUGUACAUUUUGUGAGUAUACUUUUAAAACUGAAUGCAUAUAAAUUCACUGAGAAUGUUUAUCGAUUUUACCACCGGCUGAACCUCGUCACUCUGAAUGUGCAGAACUAUUUAUUUACUUUUAUUUGUUGUUAUUGUCACUCAUCAUACUCAAGUUUGUUUGUUUUAAGGUUCAGUCUGAAACAACACAGUGCUUUUGACUUUAUUAAUGUUUAUGUUAAAAAUUCAGUCCUUUUGAAAAGAAGUUAAAACUCUUUACAUGAUUUUACACACAGUAAUUUGCCAUUUGGAGGGAAAUUUGAUCACAUUUUGUCAGUUUAAAUAUGUUAAAAUUUAACCUUUGGAAAAAAAACACCUUUUUUGCUGCUGUUGUUUUUGGUUAAGUUUUAGUAGUUUAAGGUUUUUUUGCCCUGACAAGAAGAAAACUGAAUAUUUUACCUUAAAAAUAGUCUAAAAAGAUUAAGAAAUAUAAAUAAAUCCACUGUACAAAAACAAUUUCUUUCCAUCUGAACAAGUAUGUGUCAAGUGUGUGAUGUUUCAAACUGAACAUGUGGACGUUUUCAUGUCUCCUUAUUCACCAUUUUUACUUUUGUUUUUAAACCUGAGAAGUGUUUGUGGCUUUAAUGUCUUCAGCAUGAACAAUCGGAGCUGUUUCUGUGUUUGAGACUCUUUAUUAAGCAUCAAUUCAGUUUCACUAAAAUAAGAUUUAACUUCCUGCAGUUUAAGUCAGAGCUGCAAAAUAUUUAAAGGACAAAGUCAGGUUGUUAUUUAAACUCCUUUAAAUCCAGUUUUCACCCUUUAUUUUUUACAUAUUUCCACGAGACACCCCAGAUGAAAAGAUUUUGUUAUGCACUGGUCAAUUUUAACUUUUUUUUUUACGUCCAUACCAGCUCUAGCUUUCAGACUAGCAUAAAGAAAACAUCCAAAAUACACAUUUAGGUGUUUAUUUUAGUUCAGAUUUCUGUUCUGAAAAUUUACGUGAAAAGCACAAUUUUUUUAAUUAUUAUUAUUUAAUAUGCUUCAUUUGCAUAUUUAAACAUGAAAUUUCAGAAAACUUUUAAUACAACAAAUAAUUGUUUUAGGUAAUCAGUGCUCUGGGGACAUUGUCACCCUGUUCACCUGUAGUUUUAUUGUUGGUCUAAAAAUGUUUGAAUUUUACGAUACAGAUCUUUAAAGGUUGUUUUCUCAAAUCUAGUUUUUCUCUCACACACACCAGAAAUCUCCACUUCAGUAGCACGUACACACACCAAACUUCCCAGUUUUAUUCCCACCUAUAUUCUGAAGGUUUUCACCAAGGGGUUUGGUUAUAUAUCAUUUAUGGCCUGAGUUAUAAAACAUUGUAUUCCUAAAAAUAUGGCAAAAAUUGUUUUUUUUAAUGGCUGUGGACAGUACUUUCUGAUUUAAGGGUUGAUAUAAAGAGAUAUCCAAACCCCCCUAUGUAUAAAAGCAUCAACUCUAAUAUGACAGCAAAGUGAAAGAAGAAUUUUGAACCUGGUUUCAUCCAGUGAUCAGAUUUCUGUUCCUGCAAAUCAGCGCGUAUUCAAAAUGACAGUGCAUCAUUUGCAUUAUCAAACAUAAAACUUCAGAAAACUUGUCAUAUACAAAAUAAUUGUCUGAUGUAAGUCAUCAGCUGGGGAUUUUUUUUGUGAUAUCUGUUAAAAUUUUGACCCUAUUCACCUAGGGUGUCUCCUCGAGGUAUUGAUAUCAUCUUAUUCCACAUCGGCUUCUUACAACCCGUCUUUUUAUUUCACUGAGCAAAAUAUUUUGUUUUUUAUGGCUGCAUCACAUAAAAUACUCAGAUGUCAUGCACAUAAUUUUCACAUAAAUUCAGCCCAACAUUUUGCUUUAAAAACAAAACAAAAAAACAACUGUUGCAGCUCAACUCAAAUUUAAAAUAAGCAGUUCAUUAAAAGUUAAAAUGUUUGACUGCGCAGUGUUAAGUUAAGGUUUUCAGGAGCACUGAAGGGGUUAAAGAACUGUGAUGAUAGCUUUAUGGAUGCAGUAUUUAAAUUGAGAAAUAUAUUUUAAGAUAGUGUCAGAUUUUCCAUAUUUAGAAGCAACUAUGAAAUGCAAAAGGAGACAAAUAAAACGUGUAUUAUUUGGAAAACUGAACGACACACGUCAGAAAAUUACUUCUGUUUUCUAAAUGUGAACACAGAUGAACCACUUCUGUGUACGAAUAAAUAAGAUGACUGUUUCUUUAUAGUUCGGUUUCCAAAGAUUCCUGAUUUCAGAAAACGUCUCUCAGGUAGAAAGAAGCUGAAACUAAACAGAUUAAAAUGGUUUAGAUGGCUCUUUAUUUUAAGAUACUUUGUGGUGUGUUUUUCUUUAUGUUGACCGACGAGUUGAUUUUUAAGAGUCAGAAUGUUUCAGACAAUCACAGGAAAAUAUUUUAACUGUUGUUGAGCAAAAAAAAAUCUCAUACUUAAGCUAAAAUAUAAUGUACAUUAAAUGUGAGGAGUUUGUGGACUGCACUGAUGGAGACAGUUUCAUUUGCUGGCUGUAUCUACUGAAGCUUUGAGUUAGUGUGGUUUAUUAUUAUUAUUAUGUUUGAAUAUUUAAUCAUAUUUUAUCUCUAACCACGUUUACAUUUUUGGUCACUGUAUUUGUAUUUGAGAACAUGCACAACUAUAUAUAUUUUCAUCCACUUUGCUGUGAAUAAAUCAUACUUGAA